CAAUAUCUAUGUCGUUUAAAAACAAAAUGGUUGCCAUGACAACGGUUAUUGACAAAAUCCUGACAGUGUUUUAGAGAAAACUUUAAUCGUAUAUCAAAUAUUGAAAUGUUAUUUUAGACUAGUUUUAACUAAUUAUGAAAUUAUUAAAAAUACAUAUGCGCUAUCACCCGCCGGGGCUGAUUUUCGAGUAUUCUCAAAAAGGCACUGUGAAGAACAGAGAAAUUGACCUCCUGGAUUUGAAUAGCAAAAGCGACAUCCCCGCAUUAGCCAACGAACUAUACGCACAUGAGAUUCUCCUCACUGAGGACGUUAAGGACCAGUUGAUACAAUGCCUGACCACGCUGAAGAAGAGGGUGGAACACGAGGGGCCGGCGGGGAAGAGGUUUAUACCUUUGACUUCACGAUUCUACAUAUACAAGACGUUGAUGACUCACGUACUCCCGCUGACCAACGUGGCUUUUGACAAGACUGGAGAUAGAUGUCUGUCAGGAAGCUAUGACCGCACGUGUAAGGUGUGGGACGUCGAGUCAGGCAGCGAGCUGGCAACGUUGACUGGACAUCAGAACGUCGUAUACUCUGUCUCAUUCAACUUUCCUGCUUGUGACCGGGUCAUAACGGGCUCCUUCGACAAAUCCGCCAAAAUCUGGGAGCCGUCCACCGGGGAGUGUCUGGCCACGCUCUGGGGCCACAACGGAGAGGUGGUGGCCGCACAGUUCAGCCCUAAAGGCGACCAUGCGGCCACUGGCUCCAUGGACAAUACUGCCAAACUUUACGAUGUCAGAACCGGAGAUGAACUACACACGUACACUGGACACACGGCAGAGGUCAUUGCGCUACAGUUUGACCCCAACGAAGGUCGGAGGCUCAUCACAGGGUCCUUUGAUGGCACCAUCUCCAUGUGGGAUACUAGGAUGAAGGACCGAGUAUCAAUCCUCUCCGGGCACGAGGGAGAAAUUUCCAACGUCCAGUUCAAUUGGGAUAGCUCUCUCGUGGGCUCUUCUUCCUUGGACGGCAGCGCAAGACUCUGGGACGCUCGCCAAAACUCCUGCCUCGCGACUAUCUCUACACACAGCGACGAGGUCUUGGACAUAUGCUUUGACUGGGCUGGUCAGCGAAUGGCUACAUCCUCCAGCGACUGUUCAGCGAGAAUCUACGACGUUAAGGGCGACUUUAAGGAGCUGGCGAUCAUGAAGGGUCAUCGUGAUGAGGUUUCCAAGGUAUGCUUCAGUCCCGCCGGAGGUUGCCUGCUGACCGCAUCAGCUGACCGCAGCGCUCGUAUCUGGAACUCUUCUACUGGGAACUGCAGACAGGUGCUGUCCGGUCACGAGGGUGAAAUCUUCUCCUGCGCCUAUUCCUACGCCGGAGACGCCAUCAUCACAGCAUCCAAGGACAACACCUGCCGUAUAUGGAGGUGAUUGGAUUGGUGGCAGUCAGACCACUAUCGUCCACCAGCUAAUAGUAACCGAGAGAGCUGGUAACACUGGUCGUGUCAUCAAUUGACUUGUACAAACAAAAUUCCUUGGACAAUUCUCGUGACAAAUUAUAAAGAUCAUUAACCCUUUUUCAGGCCGCACCAUUCUACCAGGUUUUCCCGAUAAAUCCAAAUAUAUUCCAAUUAAUCCAGCUUUGAUGAUUCAUUUGACGACAAGUCAAAUUCCCCGAAAGUGCAAUCUAAUUUGAAUGCUAAUGUUGAAAUUCUAGUGGCGCGUAUGUGGUCGAUAAAUCGUACUAUGCCUGAAAAAGGGUUAAAGGAUGGCAGCCAUUGUAAAAAAAAUUAUAACUCCUGCAAGAUUAUAAAUCCCGUGGGCGUAAGGAAACGUAGGAGCAGAGGGGGACAGCAGUACCUACUAAUAAAUUGUCUUAGUGACACUAGAUGUCGAACUACGAAAAUAACUCUUGUUUUGGUAAGAAAACUGAUGUAUGGAGUUAGCACUCUUUCCUUGAUUAUAUUUCUCUAUGCUUAGAUGAAACACGUUGCGUCGAGCGUCAUAUUCAAAUUGAAAUUAGUUCCUUCAAGAAAAGAGCGUAGUCCCACCUAAAAUUCCGGAAACGCACUUAUAACCCCUCUGGGUGUCCAAUGAGCCAUGGUAAUCGCUUACUAUCAGGCGAUUCGUCUACUCGCGUGCCUCCUCUCUCCUCCUCGCGUUAUCCCGGCAUUUUGCCUUGGCUCAUGGGAGCCUGGGGUCCGCUUGACAACUAAUCCCAUGAUUUAACGUAAGCACUAGUUUUUACGAAAGCGACUGCCAUCUGACCCUCCAACUCGCUUGCCUCCUAUAUCAUAAAAAAGUUACACGGGUCAUUCCCACAGAAUGGCCAUAAUAAACAUUAUAUUUGAUUUAAUUAUAUUGGACAGGUAGAGUGUAUAAUUUAUUACUUUAAAAUCGUUAAAUAUACAUUGUUUCUAGCGCACACGUGCGAUAAAAUAGUUAUUUAUUGUCACUUAGGUAAAUUACAUUGUAAUUAAUAAUAUAGCUUACCUAUUACGACAUGGAACUAGUACCUAUGUUAUACAUAUGCGCGUUUUAUACCUAAUAUACAGGGUGGAAAGAUAAGUCGGGCCCUGGAGGGAAACUACCUUAAAUCCUUAAGCUCUAGCUCAUUUUACUUAAAUGAGACAUUCCUUUAUUUUUUAAAAGAAACAAAACUACAUUCAAAGUAUUUUUCUUCAAUUUGGCUUGUCUAAAAAAAUUUUGAGUACUAAAUAUUAGAUUUCAUGGAUAUUUUGUACGACAGACGAGUGUAAGACCUAAUGUUUCUUGGAGAAAUGUUAUCAUUAACAUUAACUGUAUCGACUAGUACAAUAAAAUUGCGAGUUUUUAUUUUUUGGAAUUUUUUGUCGGUUUAAGUCCCGGGCGAGGCAAGCGAGUUUUAGAAAAUCUGUGAAUGCAGGAAUGUCUCCUUUAAGUAAAAUGAGCCAGCUUAAGGAUUUAAGGUACUUUCCCUCCAGGGCCCGACUUAUCUUUCCACCCUGUAUAAAACAUCUUUUAAUAAUUUUUCGCUCUAGUUUAUAUAUAACAAAAUAUUGUUAGGAAUUUGUCAUGAUAAUAAAUCAAUUUUUGUACUGUU